CCGAAGUCAGUUGGUGUUUGUCAGAAGCUCCGAUGAGAUUGUUUAUUGUGCUCAGUGUUUGCGUUGCGUUGGCCUCCGCUGGUUAUGGAGGCGGUGAUGGUGGUGCCUCAUCUACAGCAUCUGCGUCGGCUAGCUCCAGCGCCGGUGCGGGCGGCAAAUUUGGCGGCGGUGGCGGUGGAGGCGGCGGCUUGGACCUAGGUGGUGCAGGUCUUGGACUAGGACUAGGCGGCGGCCUGGGACUUGGCGGUGGCAAGCACGGUGGUGCAGGUCUUGGACUGGGUCUAGGAGCUGGAGCUGGAGGUGGUCCAUUUGGUGGUGGCGGCGGCGGCGGCUAUGGCGGCGCUGGCGCUGGCGGUGGCGCCUCUUCUUCAGCUGGCUCCAGUACAAGCGCUGGUGGACAUGGAGGCGGUGGACCUGGAUUUGGUGCCGGCGGAGGAGGCGGCGGACUAGGUGGCGGUCAUGGCGGUAGCGGUGGAUUCGGUGGUGGAUCAGCAGGUGGUGGCCAUGGAGGCGGUGGUGGUCUCGGAGGAAGCGGUUUCGGCAGCGGUGGCCAUGGAGGCGGUGGUGGCCUUGGAGGAGGCGGUUUUGGCAGUGGCGGCUAUGGUGGCGGUGGCUUCGCCGGUGGAUCAGCAGGCGGAUCAGCAGGAGGUGGUCAUGCAGGCGGUGGUGGUCUCGGAGGAAGCGGUUUCGGCAGUGGCGGCCAUGGAGGCGGUGGUGGCCUUGGAGGAGGCGGUUUCGGCAGUGGCGGCCAUGGAGGCAGUGGUGGCCUUGGAGGAGGCGGUUUCGGCAGUGGCGGCCAAGGAAGCGGUGGCUUUGCCGGUGGAUCAGCAAGUGGAUCAGCAGGAGCUGGUCAUGGAGGCGCUGGUUUCGGUAGUGGCGGCCAUGGAGCCGGUGGCGGCCUUGGUGGUGGUCUUGGCGGUGGCCUAGGCGGCGGUGUUAGCCUUGGAGGCGGUGGCUACGCUGGUGGAUCUGCGGGCAGCGGCAUUGGAGGUGGUGCCCAUGGAGGCGGAGGACCCGGCUUCGGUGGUGGCAUUGGAGGCGGUAGUGCAGGUGCAUCAGCUGGUUCCGGCGCCAGUGGAGGCGCCAUUGGCGGUGGUAAUGGCGGCAUUGGCGGUGGUCAUGGCGGCAUUGGCGGUGGUCAUGGCGGCUUUGGCGGUGGUCAUGGCGGCCAUGGAGGCGGUGGUUUCUCCGGUGGACCAUUCGGUGGCGGCGCUCUUGGACUUGGAGGCAAGUUCGGUGGCGGCAAGUUCGGCGGCGGCUUUGGUGGUGGCGGCUACGGAGGUGGUGGCAAGCACGGAGGACUCGGCGGUGGCUACAGUGGUGGUAAGUCUGGUGCUAGCUCCUCUGCAUCAGCAUCUGCCUCAGCCUCUGCAGGUGGCUACGGCCGUUAGUUAAGUUAAUUUAACUUCUCAGUUCGCCAAGCUAAUUACAAAGCAAAUGAGUAUUUCAAGUAAAUAAGAGACCUCAAAUGAGAUUUUCAAAUAAA